AUGGGAGGACGCAUUGAUUGCUACCUGGACAUUGUGUCCUUUUAUAGCUAUGUUGGGUAUGCGGAUUUGAGGCAGAACAUUGACAAGCUUGCUGCCAAUGGAGUCAAAGUAGAAUUCCACCCCGUCUUUCUCGGCGGCAUCAACAACCUCUCUGGAAAUAAGCCUCCAUGGAUGCUCCCAGCCAAGGCCAGGUAUCUCAACGACGAUAGUCGCCGUGCCGCUGCGCGCCUCUCAAUUCCUUACCAAGGCUCACCACCCGACAUCUUUGCCAUCGCAAAGACCCUCUCGCCGCUGCGCGCUCUGCAAUUCAUCAAGGAAAACUACCCAGAGUCGACUUUCCUCGCAACCUUUCGCUUCUUCUUUCACAAGAUAUGGUUACCUCCGCAUAUGAACCUCGCCGAGGACGCCAACCUCAUCGCAGCACUGUCUGAAGCUACGGAUGAACUUGACGGCGGAUCAGGCAAGAAGCUUUUCACGGAUGAGGAUGUGAAGAAGAUUAUGCAGGGGAGGGAGAGCAUGAAGGAGAAAGUGAAGCAGCUGACGGCGGAGGCUGUUGACAAGGGGGCUUUUGGUGCUCCGUGGCUCUGGGUGACGAACCGGGAUGGAAAGUCGGAGGCAUUCUUUGGGAGCGACAGGUUCAACCAUGUGUAUCGAUUCCUGGGGAUUCCGUUCCAGGACGUCGAGGUGCUGCCACCUUCAUCCAAGCUGUAA